AUGAGCAAGCCACAGCAGUGGCGAGAAGAUUCAGAAAUCAUAAAUGAGCUAAAUUCUUCGUUGGGUGAAGAUCAGAAAACCAGCCUGGUUCCAGACAGCCAACACGUCCCAGACUCAGAAAGGACCACGUACUCCAGGUUUAAGAGCUCCAUUAAGAGGAAGCUGGCGGCCAGGGCUCUGGUGGCAAGCAGCCCUAUUGUCACAAGAUGGCAGCAGCUGCACAUGAGAGGCGGCACAGAGGAGCCGCGCAGGGCCCGCUGCGUGACGGGUCUUUGUGCCUCUGGGGGCCCCCCCCAGCUCAUCAGCGCACCUGAAAAGGCUCCAGUGACACCUCAGGUGCCUAAGGAACUCUCCAUCAUGAAAACUGUUGCGACUCUACCUAGCAGUCAUGCUGCAGCAGGCUUGGAAGGCAGGAAUAACAGGAGAGGUGAAAUGGAAAAGAAACAGAAAUGUCCUUCUCAGCUUCCAGUGGUCCAGGAGGUUGGAUAUAGCAUUGCAGAAAGUGGGGACAUGAAGGUCUGUGAAAAUGCCAAUUGCAUCUGGAAAGGAUGCAGAGAGGGGACCCAGAAUGAGUUCAGAGCUGUCACCAUCAUGAAGCCUUCUAUACCAUUGGAGCCAGAAAUGAGGCUUCAUGUUACUGGAUUGCGCGAUGAUUACUAUCUAAACAUACUGGACUGGAGCCUUGAAAAUCUCAUUGCUAUUGCUGUAGGACCUGCUGCACACAUCUGGAAUGGAGGAACUCUUCAAGCCAUUGAACGCAUUGAUUUGAAUUCCAGUUCCAAAUACAUUUCAUCUCUGGCUUGGAUAAAAGAAGGAACUUGCCUUGCAAUUGGCACCAGUGAUGGAGAAGUGCAACUGUGGGACAUUGAAACCAAAAAGAGGUUGAGAAAUAUGUUUGGUCACCUGUCUGUAGUUGGAGCUCUGAGCUGGAAUCAUUAUAUUCUGAGCAGUGGUUCACGACUAGGAUCUAUUCAUCACCAUGAUGUUCGGGUUGCUCAGCACCAUGUUGGGACUCUCUGCCAAAACAAACAGAGCAUUUGCAGCCUGAAAUGGUCACUAACCAACCAGCUGCUGGCAAGUGGGUCUAGUGAUGGUAUAUUGAAUAUCUGGCCUAGUGACCCUGGUGUGAAACUGCAGUCACAGCCACUGAAAACCAUACCUCAUUCCUCAGCAGUUAAGGCUGUGAACUGGUGUCCUUGGCAGUCCAAAGUUCUUGCUACAGGGGGUGGAAUGAAAGAUGGGAUUUUGCGUGUCUGGGACAUAAACCGUGAGAAAGUAAUCCGAAGUGCGGCUACAGAUUCUCAGAUUUGUUCCUUGCUCUGGUUACCCCAAACCAGCGAACUGAUAACUGGACAAGGCCUUCCUGGAAAUCAGAUGAAAAUAUGGAAGUAUCCCAUGCUUAUCAAUUCAUCAGAACUCCAUGGUCACGAAGGAAGAGUCCUGCAUAUAGCCCUGAGCCCAGAUCAGAGCAGGCUCUUUUCUGUUGCGGCUGAUGGGAUAGCUUGUUUGUGGAAACGCCACAAGUCUGGGGAGAGCAAGCACAGCAGCAAGGCUUUUUCUAAUGAUUAG